CAUGGCGGCGGUGGACGUGACGGUGGAGAGGCUGCUGUCUCUGUGGAGGACACCGGCUCUCAGGCUCUACUUCCCCGGGGUCUUCGUGCUGCUGACGGUGCUGGGCUCCGUGCUGAAGGAGCUGGAGCUCGUCCCGGAGACUUACUUCAGCAGCAGCCGCAACCUGCUGAACGUGUACUUUGUCAAAGUGUCCUGGGGCUGGACGCUGCUGCUGCUGACGCCCUUCGUCCUCCUGUCCAACUCCUCCUUCAGCCGGAGCCCCUCCUUCCUCGGCCGGCGGCUGCUGUCCCUGGCGGUGGCGUCGGCCGUGUGGUACGUGUGCACCGAGACCUUCUUCUACAUCGAGGACGUGACCGGCUCCUGCUUUGAGACCUCCUCCAUGGAGGCGCUGAACUCGGAGCUCACGACCAAAGUGUCCUGCAGGCGCGCCGGCUUCCACUGGUGGGGCUACGACAUCUCGGGCCACUCCUUCAUCCUGUGUUACUCCGCCCUCUUCAUCGUGGAGGAGAUAGCGCCCAUGGCCUCGGUGAAGACAGCUGGACUGUCCCCGCUGCCCCGGCUGGUCCUCAACCUGCUCUACGUGGCCUUGAACGUGCUGGUGACCCUCUGGGUGUGGAUGUUUGCCUGCACCUCUGUUUACUUCCAUGAGUCGAUCCAGAAGUGGCUGGGCACCACGUGCGCUCUGCUGGCCUGGUACCUCACCUACCGGGUCUGGUAUCUAAACCCCUUGUCUCCAGGACUCCCCCCACAGCGCCACCCGAAGGAGAAGAAGCAACACGCCUGAGCUGCACUCAAACGCUCCUCUACCACGUUGUUUCUCACGUUUCCGACACACUACAGUAGAUGUUCUGUCCCCAGGUCCGAGCUGUCGCACUCCUCUAACUUAUAGAAAGGUCAUCUUGUGCAGGAGGGCCGGCUGGUGGCUCCUCCCGGUGUCUGGCAGCUGCCGUUCCCAAAAUGACUCCUGGUAAUCUGAGAUAAACACACGACGCUGCCUCCUUUGUCCGGCUCCUCACAUUCAGCCUCUGUAGCUGCUCUCAGACCUGAACUCCAGAUGUUCUCCUGAAAUUAUCCAGAGGGACUGAAUGUGAGAACGCACAAGUCCAAGUCAGCUUUUCUUGUCAGUCCCCCCCCCCCAAGAGUAAAACCUCCAGAUAAUGAGUGAGCCCAUGUGAGACCACAGCAGGAGAUUCUCCGGAGGAUUCAUCAUGAGUCUCCUGCGCCUCCUCGUUCCUGCGCCUCCUCUCACUUGACCUCUCCGGAGGUUUGUGUCUCCAGUGGAGAAUCUCCUGCUGAACUCCUCACAUGUGAAACAAACUCCAAAGAAAGUCCGAACCCGGUUGUGUGGACGUUCUCCAGAGAGGUUCUCACGCUGGCUGAUUGUUUGUUUGUUGCCUUAUAAUGUUCUGAACUAAUAGAUGAGUGAUCUGAUCAGUGGCCACUUUUCAUCCUCCAGGUUAUACAGCGUGUUAACAUUAUAUUUAAAUUUCAUAUAACAGGGUAAUUGAACUGUAGUUGUAGACCAGUCCUACAAGUACAACACAUUAUUAAAAUACUUCAGAGGACAAGGCUGGAAAUAUUCAGUUAGUAUUGUAGUAUUAAAUUAUUUAGGGCUGCAUCGAACAAGUAUUUACACAAUCAUUUAAAAAUAUGAAUAAUGACAAAAUGUCACUGUUCCAAUGGUCCAAACUCCAAAGAAAUAGUUUACUAUCUAUUUAUAAGAGAAAUAUAUGGUGAUUUUAAAUGAUAAAUCAAUUGUUGAAACAUUUGCAAUUUUAUUUUCUUGUGAAGCAACUUCUUGUUUCAGCUGAAAUGUUUCCUUUAGGUAUAAAGUAGUAGAUGUAUUAAAAUCAAGCUAAGCUAAUUCCUCUCUGCCACAGACUUCCAUUGUUUUCCUCAUUGAUGAUGUAAAACCUCGGUGCUCACUUGUUUUAGAAAAUAGUUUUUAAAGACUUGAACUUUAUUUGCCAAACAUGUUAAAUAGGAACCAUCGAGCUUCAGAGACAGAAAGUGUUGAGGAGCUUUUCAUCUGCAUUUGUUUAUUCCUUAUCAGAAUAAUGUUAAAACUACAGAACUGAUUCCAUUGCAAUAUUUUGGAGACGUGGAGCUUGACCCAAUAAAGAAUCCAGAAAAUGUC